UCCCUGUGCUGUCUGCAGUCUUUGGUCAUCCCUGUGCUGUCCGCAGUCUCUGGCCAUCUCCUCUACUAUGUCUGCAGUCCAUUAGUUCAGAAUUUUUUUUUCCUGUUUUCUGCCUCUAAAACCUAGGUUGGAUAAAUGGCUCUAUAUUUAGGAUGUAUCCGGUCUAUAAACCAGAGGCUCUGGAUGGACAGUUGGAUAAAUGGUUCUAUAUUUAGGAUGUAUCUGGUCCAUAAACCAGAGGCUCUGGAUGGACAGUUGGAUAAAUGGUUCUAUAUUUAG